GCACUCGACCAUUAUCCGCUAGAAAGAUAACCUAUAGCAUUGCUGAGUCGAGCUUCAGCGGCAACUGCCCAUAGGAGGCUGAUCGGCGGCCGGACUCUCAACCACAUAUGGCUAUGGGGGCAGAUUUAGGGUUUGGAUUGGGAUUCUGGCAAACGGGUGGCGUAUCAGUUCCUACUUUUGCACACCAUUGUUCUUCACUCAGAAUUCCUCCUCUUUCUUCUUUCCCACCUUCAUUCGCGCGUCCCCCAGCCUCCUCCUCCUCCUCUGAUUAUCCCGAUAACUAUGAAGCCUCCGCCUCCGAUUACCGCCACACCGGCGCUUCUUCUUCAGCUGGCAGCAGCAGCUCUGGCACUGUGGUGUCCGGUACAAGCGCUCGAAGCCGGCGGCUGCUCAAAAUUCGGGAGCAGAAGACCAAACGCGAAUUAGAUCGCCUCCACCAAUAUCCUUCCUGGGCUAAGGUGCUCGAGGAUGCUUGCAAACACGACGAGGAGCUCCGCUCUGUUCUUGGUGAUAGCAUUGGCAACCCGGAGCUCAUGAGGAAACGGGUGGAAGAACGGGUCAGGAGGAAAGGUCGGGACUUCCAGAAAUCCAAAACUGGUUCCGUUCUUGCUUUCAAAGUUAGCUUUAGAGAGUAUGUAUUUUUACUCCCCUUUCCUUCAUUUGUUUGUGAUUGUAGCUUCAACCCCAUAGAUUCCUACAUUUGGUUUGAGUUCCUUGGCUCCCCAACUGAUCGUGAUGUUGAUCUUUUCGGUAGCGUUGUUCAGUCAUGGUAUGUAAUGGGUCGCUUGGGUUCUUUCAAUUCUUCAAAUCUGCAGUUGGGAAAUUCAUCAAUGGAGUAUGAUCCCCUCUAUGAUGUAGAGAAAGGGUUCCAAGUGAUGCCAUCAUCCUUCCACGACAUUGGUGAUGUUGAGUUUCAGGAUAACUGGGGGCGAGUCUGGGUAGACCUUGGUACAUCUGAUUUCUUUGCCAUUGAUGUGCUGCUAAAUUGCUUGACUGUGCUGAGUUCAGAGUAUUUGGGGAUUCAACAAGUGGUUUUCGGGGGACGCAAGAUGGGUGAUUGGGAAGAAGGGAUGACAAACCCUGAGGACGGUUACAAAUACUUCAAGAUGUAACCAUGAAGUAUGGAACAACACGUUGUGCUUAUGUUCUCUCUUCUUUCUAGCUUCAUUUGCAAUUUUUGUAUAUGAAUGGAUGUCGAAACUGUGUGACCUGUUGUGCAUGUACUUGGAUGAAGUGCUUUCGAGGGCCUCAGAUUUUCAAGGGAAGUGCUUUCGAGGAAUGGUUGGUUUAUGAUAGGUAGAUUUAGCAGUGAAAGUUAAUAGUUCAGUUCUAAGGAAUUUAUGUAUGGAUAUGUAUUCAAAAUUUGGAGUCUUUUCAGACUAAUUUUUAGUUUCAAUUAGAGCUAAGAUUAUGAAGCAAAUUAAGGUGUACCACAAACACACUGAAGCUUGUGGAACUUGCCUUUUACUGUGGU